CAAAGAAUACCUUUCACAUCUCUAAAAAAAAUGUUUGGGGAAAUGUAAACAAUUUCAAACAUUUAAGUUGCGAAUUUUUGAAUCUGGUUAUAUAUACCCAAAUACACCCAGUUAUGGAGUCGUCAUUAUGCAGGGUUUGCCUGGAAAAUGGCGGCGACAUGGUCAACAUAUUUGAAGAGCCGCAUGCAAUUGGAGUUUCCAUUGCAAUCAUGAUAUCAGAGUGCACCGGCUUCAAAGUUGAGAGAGGCGAGCUAGGUUCCCCAAUGAUUUGUCCUUCCUGUCUAAAAGAUGCGCGAAAUGCAUCAGAGAUAAAGCAUAUUUACGAGAGGAGCACCCUGCUUUACUGCCAGUUAAAAAUGAGUAGAGCUCCCCCAAAAGAUAACCUAUCAAAAAGCGAAGGAGGAGCUCGACUGACUGUCUCUCCAGUUAAGGAUGAAGUGGCCGAAGAUAUGCAUGUGGUGGGGGAACCAUGUAUAUCCCAGUGCCAAGUAAAGAACGAACCACUUGAAGAAGACGUGUUUGAAGAAGAGCAUGUUCCCAUUUUAGAAUGCGGCAUAAAGAUGGAAGUGGCGGAAGAGAGUUUGCAGGUUGACGGUAUUGGAAAUAGCAAGGCUAACUCGAACCGUGAAUAUAAGUGCCGAUAUUGCCCCAGAACUUUUGCUUCUAAGGCAGUUGUCAAGCGUCACCUGCGAGUGCAUUCAGUUAAUCGAAAACGUCAGUGUCCUCACUGUCUGAAGUACUUUGUUGGGGUCCCAAGUCUUAACACACACUUGCUUCUCCACACAGAUCGUCCAGUUUUCAAAUGUUCCCAAUGUCCAAGAAGUUAUUUUAAGAAGGCACGUCUUGAUCACCAUUUGCAAGUACACGCAAGAUCGUUCAACUGCUCUCACUGUACAAAGAAGUUUACGAAGGACUCGACUCUUCAAAAGCAUUUAAAAGUUCACUCGGGAGAGCGCCAAAGUAAAUCGCUUCGGGAUCAUCUAAAAAAGCACUUAACCCACUCCUCAAAGACUUGUUUAAAACGGGCUGCUCUCAAGAUAUGCCUGCGAAGUACCGCACCAGAGAGACCGUUUGUGUGUACUCAGUGCUCAAAAGCCUAUACAAAUAAAUAUUAUUUCAAGGCACACCUUCAACUACAUAGAGGAGAAAGUCCGUUUAAGUGUUCCCAUUGCUCGAAGAGUUUUGUAACACUUUCGAACUUGCAGAUUCACUUCCGAACACACACCGGCGAAAAACCGUUCAAGUGUUCCCACUGCUCAAAGAGUUUUAGCCAGACAGCGAGUCUUAAGGUACACAUACGAACCCACACGGGAGAAAAGCCGUUCAAAUGUAACCACUGCUCAAAGACUUUUGCAAGUCUUUCAGGUCUUAACUUACACAUGCAAACGGUCACAGGCGAAAAACCGUUCAAGUGUUCCCACUGCUCAAAGGGUUUUAGCCAGAAAGCGAAUCUCAAGAUACACAUACGAAUCCAUACAGGUGAAAAGCCGUUCAAAUGUAAUCACUGCUCAAAGGCUUUUGUAUGUCAAUCAAGUCUUAUUCAACACAAUCGAACGCAUACAAAGAGUCUUACCCAGACCACAGCAGUUAAGAAACACAAUUAGAGUCACGAAGAAAAAUGAUGCAUUUAAAUUUUAAAUCGUGCUGUGAUUUAUAUGACUUGUGUAUGAAGAUUAAAGAACCACUUUUUACAAAUAAACUGUUGCUAUUGUUUUUGAAAUAAAAAUAACUCUAAAUCUAACACCUUUUGGUUUUCAUUAAAUAUUGUUUGCAAAGUCGUUCAGUUAAAGGCUACCAUUUAGCUUACAAGCUGUAGCUAAGUUAAAAUGUACCUGUAAAUUUUACAUUAUAACAAUAUAAAUAAUAAUAAUACUACCUCUGAA